AUGCAGUACUGCAGUUUACUCAUGUGUAUAUUCUGGCUCUUCGGAGCAGGCGAGAGCUACACGUGCCCAGCACCCGAGUACCUCAGCCACGACGGAGUUGUAUUCACUCCAAACACGGUUCACAUCAAUCAAGGAGACCAGGCCAUAGUCCAGUGUGUGGUGGAGUUUUACCAAGACAGCCCUCCACAGACCUUUAUGUACGUCAACGACUGCAAGAUGAUGGGGUACGACCACCCCACCUGGGUAACGAGGAUCAUGCAGACAGACGGGCCGUGCUCGCACACCGACAGCAGCAAGCUCUGUAGGACUCUGACAAUGUACAUCAAUGGCACCGCAGAGGCUCACAACAGCCGUGUGUACUGUUGUGCUCGCCUCGGAGGCCGUAUGUGCAGCCCCAACAGUACAGUUUCCGUGGUCGAAGAAGCACCUCAACCGACAGCGACUGACUUUGCAGAACCACAAAUGGAAAGUUGUGUCUAUCCACCCAAACCCACCGUUACACCAGACAAAGGACCUUCUCAAACACCAACAGUAGCUCCUGCAAGCAAAGCCCCAGAUAACCAAUUCCUCACUGAUCCAACAGACACCCCAGACAUAUUUUCGAGCAGCAUCCACAGUGCAGCCAGUCUCCUGACUCUAGUCCUCUCUGCUCUGCUAGCAAAUUCACUCUUAGUUUUUCCCCGAUAGUUUUCGUUGUUUGUUUUAUGCUGUCAGCCAAGUCAAACGAGGCUGAAUAAUAGAUGUUUUCAGAGCUAUACCUUUUGUAUGUCUACCGUUUUAUAAUCACACUUCGUCCUCACCCCAAUGUUCCCUUUGUAUAUACAUUUCAUGACUCUCUGUGUGUCCCUUUCAAGAGUAUGUAUAUAUAAAUACUCCACCUUCGAAAUUUUGUGUCUAAAUAAGUGCGGCUAUGUGACGUUGGUUGAUGAGUGGUGGGUGGGAAAAGGACGGAAGCCAAG